AUUGCUUUUAGUAAUAUUUAAGAUUUCGGUGGUUGUUAUUACUUUAAAAGUUCCGCCAAUCGUCAUGUUAUCGAUUUCAGACCAUUGUGCCAUGGAAAGUCUUAUCAGCUUCGAAAUGGCCCGAGAUUCAAUUUUGACAUGGAUGCGAAACCUGGGCGAGAAGGGCCGCCAAAAUGAACUAGAAUUGUUAAUUCAAAACACGCCAAUUGAAGAGCUGAAGAACACGCUGAAGGUCACGAUGUCGCGCAGCGAAGGGAUUACCUUUUGGAACUACCUGCUCCUGGGCUUCAAUCCGGACAACGAGGAUGCUGUGGCGAAGCGAUUCGAGUGCGUGCGUAGCUUCAUGGACGGACUAAGCAGCAUGGAACUCAGCUUCAAGCAGACCUUCGAUCUGAUCACGCGCCUCUCUCAGGAUCUGGUCACCUUCCCCUCCGACCAGCUGGCCUGGAUCGUGGAGCACUGCAUGGACGGGAUGCGCCAGGGGGACGCCAAGUGCGUGGGCUGGAAGGAUCUGCUGCCAAGUGCACUAUCGCUACUUUUGGCCAGGCCGCGGUUUCUUCUGCACGGCAUCUUCAUGGAAGGAACUGAGUUCAGGGAUAGCACUGUGAGAAGUAUGGUCACCAUGCAGUGGCCUGCCACCAUUCUCACUCCGAUUGCAGACAUGUUCAAGUCCAUGAAUCUCAGCAGUGCAGAGAUAUUGACGGUGCUCAACAAGUUCUCUGGCGCCCUGCAGGAGCUGUCGCCCAUGGAACUGCCCGCCCUGUGCUUCCAGCUCUUUUCGAUGUGCAGCACUGCCUCACAGUUAAUUAUUCCUUUGCUGGCCCUGGAGAAGUAUUUUCAUCGCAAUUUCUACAAACGACUCUUCUCAGACAUGUGCAGCAACUCCACAAACUUGGAUAGCAUUGACUCAUAUUCGGACAAGGAGCUAAGGGAGGCGGAGGAGACCAUCCUGCAUCAUUUAAACUACUGUACCAUGUACAAGCUAACUGAAAAACAUUUGGCCAUAAUGCUAAGGAAUUUCUUGCACAUGCCCGAUGUGAUCCUAACGCCGUUUAUGCUCAGCGCCAUUAUUUCCAUGACCAGCAUUAACCGUGACCCAGAGUCUGCAAGGAUCUCCCAUUCCAUUUUGCUACCCUUCCUGCGUAAUGUGAUCAAAAACAAUGAAGAGGAGCGAACGUUGGCGGAGUACUCCGUAUGGUACCGCGACACUUUGCAGCGCAAACAAGUUGAUUUGCAGCAGGUGUUCGCUGUGCUUAUAGAUCAGAACAAAGAGGGCAAGGAUGUGAUAACUCCAGGGCUUGUUCAGCUUGUAUUUUACCUGCUAAAAUCCCACACUCCUAAGAUGCAUGCAUUGGCCAUAACGUUCCUAACCAAGUUUAUACGAAAACGUUUCAUUUUCGGCCAGGGCAUUGUAAAACUAAUUUCAGAGUGGAUGAUCGUGUAUCAGGAUCAGAAUCAGUUCUCGGAAUGCCUUACGCUUUUAAGUGUUGCUGAUACGUACACCGUCUCCGAAUGUAUAAAGACCAUUCAAUCUGUUAUGGAGCACAUGCAGUGGCUGUCUGGCGAGCAAUCCAUGCGCAUGAUGAACUUUAUUCUACCCCUAUUGAAGAUUUCCAAUCGCGUUCGAGAUGCGUUGAUCGAUGUGCUUUGCAAGGCAAUGAGCUCCAGUGGAAUCCAAAAACGGCGUAUGGCCAUUUAUGGGUUCUGUAUGAUCCUCAAACAGCUUAACAACAGUAAUGCGGUGCGCCAGUCCUCAAGUGCCACUAGUUUCUGCACACAGCACAGCAUCUCUGGAUACUCCAUAAUGACGCAGAAUACACUAGGAAGUCGCAGCAAUCCUCAGCGAAACUUCGACAUGCUUACACUGGAAAUUAUUGGCAUGCUACGAAAUUGCUUGCAGCAGCAAUUUGAGAUACGUUGCACACUCUACGAGAAUCUUCAGAGGGCCGUAGAGCUUAAUGCUAAACUAGUGCCCCAUGUGCUGCAAGUAAUAGAUUGGCAUUUUCGCAGCUUUUUUGAAACUCCCUCUGCUGAAGAUGCUGGUGACGAUCUGGACACAGUUUUUCGCAUUCGCUACGAUCAGUUGGUUAGCUCCAGCGAUGACCAACAUAUGGUGCUUCAGCUUAAGGACAACCUGGGUCGAUUGAUUCAGUUCGUAGCCAACUGUUUGGUAAUCUUCGAACGAGCUCCAUCGGGCUACGACACUAGGGAGAUGAACCGGCUUAUUGCUUUUUGUGUGGAUCGCUUGGUGGCCAACAGAUUGCCAUUAGAAGACAUUUCACCACCAGCCACACAUCUUAAAUGCGCCCUCGUAUUGCAACAACUUAACAUUAUUGAGGGGAUAAUAAGUCACUUACUGCUUAGCUCGAAGCCACAAAACGAUGCCGUUUCUCAAAUAUUGCCGCUAUUCAACCAGCAUUGCAAGCUUUUGGAGACUCUCAAGACAUUGGCUGACUCAUCUAAGAAGGCCCACAAACAAUUGAAACAAACGGCCAAGAAUAACAGCACUUCAGCGGUCAAUCUGACAUUGAAUGGUGUUCCUGUAAAAAGUAUGUGUACCCAACCAGAGAACAUUUGGGAUCUGGCCAUUCUGGACAAGCUGCUGCAUCUGCUGCUCGAUGACGUUGUUGCAUUUGCUGCUUCUCAAAAGACAGGUCUAUUGCGGUCCAACGAGCCUCUUGUUCGUUAUGUCUUAUCGGUAACAGCCAAAAGGGUGGAAACUAUACGCCAAGAGCCCGAUUAUAAGCAAUUGGCUUACAGCAAGCGCACUUUUAAGCAGUUGACGGACAUUACCAAGAUCAUAUAUGAGCGCUGUAUUCAACGUCUGCCCGAGUUUUGGAAAAACUUCGAUAUGCAGAGCUCCGCCCUAGCUGCUCAGUGUUUUGCUGAGUGCCUACGAACAGCCCAUGAAACCUAUCCCAAGAAGUUCCAAGAUUUUGUCAAGACAUUUGAUAUGGCAUCUAUAAAGGGAAGCAGGAACAAGGAAGCCAUUUAUAUUGUACAGGAUGUUUUGGACGAGUUUAUGACGGAGUAUAGCAGUGACGAAUCAAUUCACAAAGAUGAAUUUAUUGCCAAAGUGCCCAUUUGCCUUUUGGAAUCUCUGGAGAUUCUGUUAGAUCACAUUGACUACGGAGAACGUGCAGCCACGGAAUCGUUCACUUGGCUCCUUAACUUUUGCUGCAAGAACGAAAUUCUCAACAGCGAAAUGGGUAUGGUGCACAGAAUGCUGUUUGUUCAGCGGCAGAAGACCCAUUUGGGUCCCUUUUUUGACGGCGUGGCCAGGCAAUUGGGUCUCGUCCUCGGAGUCCAAAAUGAAGACACCCCAUCGGAUUCCGUGGAGCUGAAUCUAAAGUCGAUAAGUACAGUGACCGCCGAGAGUUGUUUGCAGCAUCUCUAUACAGCUGUCCAGAAGCAACUGACCGAUGUGGACUAUUUUGUGACCAAGGCCAAUAAUCUGAACUACAAAUGCCAAGUAGUUCCCGAAAUCGAUCAAAUAUAUUGGCGGGGUAACUUGGAUGCCAUGGAUCGUUCUAUUUGCACACAAAUAAUCCACAUAUCUCGCACUUUGCUGGUUCUCACCAACGUUUGCAUUCCUCUGGGCUCAUCUAUGGAUGGACUUAUGAAAUUGCUUAUCCAGCACUUCACUUGUAUGAAGAACCUGACCAAACACUAUAUAGCGAGCUACUCAUCUGAUGCGAGCAUUGAAAACAUUCGAAGCACUAAAUUUGAGCUACUACUACGUGAUGUGGGAAAACAGCUUCCGGCUAAUAUCUACGAACUUAUUACGUACAUAGAAGCAAAUACCCUCGAUGAGGAAGCGCAGCAGCAUUUGAAAAAGCGAAAGGUUGAGGCAGAGCGUGCCAAAGUUCUGAGAGAGACCCGUCUAAUUCCCAAGGUGAUAAUGGUAAUCGAGGACUUCAACAAGCACAUUAUCCUGCUGUCGAAAAAGACCAAAUGCCAGAAUAGGCUUACGGAUUACCUACACCUGGGAACCAUGCGUGACUUUGACAUCAAGUCGACAGAUCUUAGAGCGGCUAUAGAGCGCAGUAUAUCGGAUGGUCGCAAUAUAUCCACAGAGGACAGCACUGUUGGGGAUCCAGAUCCAGAUCAAGAUGAAGAUGAAGAGGAAGACGCUCAAUCCACAACAUAUCCUGAGGAAAUCGAGGAGGAGGAAGCUGUACCCGUAGUUGUAGAGAAGAAGGAACAACGGCGGAAACGUGCUACUAGCAGUGAAGCGGAGGACUCUCAACCGAAGCGAAAAAGAGGCCGCAAGGCUGUGGUGAAGCCGCCAGUCGAUCCCCAGUGUAAUGAUACAGAGGAAUCCACUGAAGAGCAACCAGAAGCCACUUCAAAACCGCUGCGAACUAAAAAAGAUUCGAAAGCGCAGCCCAAGAAGCGGGCUCGAGCAUCAGAUGAAAGUAAAACCGCUAAAAAACCAGAUGUGGAAGUGGAUAAGCAAACGAAGAAACCAACAAAAGAGGUUUGCAAGCCUGAGGAGCCCGUUGCGAAGGAAAAAACUCAACCCAGUCGUAGAGUGGGUCUUCAACGUGCUUCAAAGAAAUGAGUUUGAUGUUUAUUAUAAAUUAAGUAAAGUGUUGGGUAAGGACAUUCUGUUGUAAAAGAACAAGAGAAAGAAGUUAUACCUUUUAAGCCGAUCAAAGGUUAAAUAACGUUGAAAAUAAUAUUUUGUAUGAAUAUUAUUCUUCCAUAUCAUAUACCAAGACACAAUUCCUAGCAAAAAAAAAAAAACGUAACAUACUUUUGGCCUCAGAGAAAUCAAUAAAUUAAAUAAAUUUAAAAAAAGUCUUUCUGGUGAGCAGAUAUACCAUCAGUAUAUUUAACAAAUUUAAUUGUUCGGUCGCAAUCUUCAAACAGUUCGAAAUUGUGAAUUAAGACGACUUUUCCAAUUUCGACGUUAAUGGCAGCAAUUUAAAAAAUUCACUUUUUUUUGUCUUUUCAUUGUAAGCAAAUAUCCCUGACAGCUUUUCCACUUGGAUGUUUUAAGCUCGCAUUGUAGUAAUAUCUCUUUUAGAUAUGUGGCCCACGUAUUAAGCCUGGAUUAUAAGUAUUUAAUAAGAUUUUAAGUAACAUUACAAUCCUUGACU